AUGGCACAUAAUAGUGGCGAUGAAAUCGUCUUUGAUAGUCUUGCUGACAUUGAUGCAUCGAAGGAAACAUGGAAUAUUCGUGUUCAGGUCAAGCUUUGGAAACAGACUUCCAAAAACAACCUAAACAUGGUGAGCAUCCUGGACAUGAUUUUAAUGGACCAACAGGGCACUAAAAUGCAGGCAACAAUCAAAAAAAUCCCGUCAAUGUAUUUCAAACCUUGUUCGUUGAAUGAGCUGGAUAAGAUAAAUUUCUACAAAACAACGAUAGUUCAUGUGUCAGCUCCUUUUGUUAAUAGGGUCGAUCCUUUUAAUUUUGUGACUUUCCAUGAUUUGACUGCCAGAAAUUUUGACACUCGUGUUGCAUUUGAUUUUAUUGGUAAAGUUGUUUCUAUUGAUACUAUUAAAGUGAUCAUUGACAAAGGAAGUGAAAAAAGGUUAAUGAAUAUGGUUGCUCAACAUCUAAGUGGUAGGAAAAUUCAAGUUGCUUUGUGGGAUGGUUUUGCAUUGAAGUUGAACAGCUACAUAUCGGAACAUCAAAAUGAUAAUGCCCCCGUUAUCAUCCUCCUACGUAUGGCAAAGCUCAAGAAUUGGGUGCCUCAAGUCGGUAACUGUUUGUUUGGGUCGAGAUUGCAUAUCAAUGAUGAUAUGCCUCACAUUUCAGAAUUCAAAAAAGUUAUUUCUGAUAUGGAUUUGAAUGUUGAGUCAUCCAUUAAUAAUUCACAACUUAAUAUCGAUAUUGUUGUGGCCAAUGCAGAAGAUUACUACCUCCGUUUUCCAAUCAAGAACAUUGAUGAUAUUCCAGAUUACAAUGAGGGUGAGGGUCAUAAUUCGUGUUCAAGAUGA